AAGGCGGGACUCCGAGUACGGAAGCUGCCCCGGGACAUGAGGAGAGGAAAGGGAAAAACCCGGUGAAAAGGCUGAAGAGGCAGGUUCCCUCGGACCAGGACACCCUGUUCCCAGGCAAUGGCCCCUAGUGCCCUGUAGACCUGGCGGGACCCCCGUGCUUACGACCCCUAUUUCGGGGUCUGGGUGGCUACUGGAGGGCCUUGCAGAGGGGCGGAGAAGGUAGGACCAUGGCAUCUAGGGCCUCUGAAUCUCCCCCCGGGCGCAGCGUGACGGCAGGCAUCAUCAUUGUUGGAGAUGAAAUCCUCAAGGGACACACUCAGGACACCAACACCUACUUUCUGUGCCGGACACUGCGCUCCCUGGGGGUCCAGGUGUGCCGAGUCUCUGUUGUACCUGAUGAGGUAGCCACCAUCGCGGCCGAGGUCACCUCUUUCUCCAGCCAGUUCACCCACGUCCUCACGGCAGGGGGUAUCGGCCCCACUCAUGAUGACGUGACCUUUGAGGCAGUGGCACAGGCCUUUGGGGAUGAACUCAAGCCACACCCUGAACUGGAAGCUACCAUCAAAGCCCUGGGAGGGGAGGGCCGGGAGAAGAUGUCUCUGGUGCCCACAUCUGCCCGCCUGCACUACGGCACAGAUCCUCACACUGGCCGUCCCUUCAAGUUCCCGCUGGUCUCCGUCCAAAACGUCUACCUCUUCCCAGGCAUUCCAGAGCUGCUGCGCCGAGCGCUGGAGGGGCUGAAGGGGCUCUUCCAAAACACCGCUGUUCAGUUCCACUUGCGGGAACUAUACGUGGCUGCCGAUGAGGCCUCCAUCGCCCCCGUCCUGGCCGAGGCCCAGGCCCGCUUUGGAUGCAGGCUUGGCCUCGGCUCCUACCCUGACUGGAGCAGCAACUAUUACCAGGUGAAAGUGACCCUGGACUCGGAGGAAGAAGAGUCCCUGGAGGAAGGUCUGGCCUACCUGACUGCCCGUCUGCCCCAGGGCUCACUGGUCCCCUAUGUGCCCAACGCCGUGGAGCAGGCCAGCGAGGCCGUGUACAGACUCACUGAAUCAGGGUCUCCUCUGGGGCAAAAGGUGGCAGGCGCCCUGCAGAUCAUUGAGACGGCCCUGGCUCGGUACAGCCUCACCCAACUCUGUGUGGGCUUCAACGGGGGCAAGGACUGCACCGCCCUCCUGCACCUCUUCCACGCAGCCGUGCAGAGGAAAUGCCCUGCCGCCCAGGAGCCCCUCCAGAUCCUGUAUGUCCGCAGCAUCUCCCCUUUCCCUGAGCUGGAGCAGUUUCUGCAGGACACCAUCAAGAGGUAUAACCUGCAGGUGCUGGAGGCACAGGGUGACAUGAAGCAGGCCCUGGGUGAGCUGCAUGCCCGGCACCCCCAGCUGGAGGCCGUCCUGAUGGGCACCCGCCGCACUGACCCCUACUCCUGCAGCCUCCGCCCCUUCAGCCCCACCGACCCAGGCUGGCCUUCGUUCGUGCGCGUCAACCCGCUGCUGGAUUGGACCUACAGAGACAUCUGGGACUUUCUGCGUUCUCUGUUUGUCCCAUACUGUAUCCUGUACGACCGAGGUUACACUUCACUAGGGAGCCGGGAGAACACGGUGCGGAACCCAGCCCUGAAGUACCUGAGCCCAGGAGGCCACCCCGCCUACCGCCCAGCCUACCAGCUGGAAAAUGAGGAUGAGGAGCGCAACUCCCGAACGUGACUUCCCAACCCUGCCCACUUCAGGAGGGAGGGAGGGUGGCUGGUCUGGGGCGAAACCUGCCAAUAAACUGUGCCUCUCACUGUG